AAUCAAGUCGGCAUUUACCAGCACAGAAUUUUAGUUUAUAUUAAAAAAAAAAAAUAGGGAUACUUUAAAAAAAAAAUAUUAAAUGGGGUCUAAGAAGCAUAAGAAAAGUAAUAAAUCUGAAAGACGAGAACGAUAUGAAGAAUUUAGUUCAGAUCACCGUCCCAGUAGUUUAAAAUUAAUUCUCAAAGUUGGAAAUAACUCUACACCUGAAUAUGGGGAUGAUUCUCCAGCAUAUAAUAUGCAAGUAGAGAGUAAUGUACCUGGGAAUGAAUUGAAUGCUAGUACAUCUUGCACUCAACGCAAUAUUUUUGGAUCUGAAGAUUGUCCGGAAAAACAUAAAAAGUCAAAAAAAAAGAAAAAGAAAAAAGAUCGUGAAAAGCGUCAUAAACAUCACAAAGAGAAAAGACAUAGACGUAGAAGUAGUCACCGUGAACCAGAAAAUAACGUGAUUGAGGACGUCCCAAUGGUUACUGACGCAGGUAAUAGCAGCACAUUCGGAUUAGGUGAUGAAUCUAGUCGGGGAGAAGAAGAUUUGGAUUUUAAUGAAGAAGAUAGUAGUUGUACGCAACAGUUACAAGAAAAUAUACUGAGGUAUUCAGGAAUCUCAGCAGAAAAUAGCCCUGCUAAUCAGCCUAUUACAAAGGCGAUAAUUCCACAUCCUAUUGAAAUCGAAAAAUCUCCAUCUGUUAGUCCUGUAAAAGAUUAUGCAACUCCUGCAAUACCUUUAGGAAGCCCCGGUUCGGUUUCUACGACAGUUUCUACGCCAGGAAGUAUGACACCAGCACAAUUAUCGAACUUUACGGGACCCUCAACACCUAAAUUAUUAGAUAAUCCGAAAACUCCAAGUUCAUGUUCUGAUUCUGGAAGAGAACUACGUACAUGUGUAAUGAAACUCAAACAAAUAAAAACUCCGCUAACAAAACUUUUAGAUCAUUUACUACGAGUGAUAGAAAAACGAGAUCCACAUCAAUUUUUCGCAUGGCCAGUGACUGAUGAUAUUGCUCCAGGUUACUCCUCUAUAAUAGAUCAGCCAAUGGAUUUUUUAACAAUGCGGCAAAAAAUAGAAAAUAACGAAUAUUCUACACUCUUAGAGUUUACUGAAGAUUUUCGAUUAAUGUGCGAAAAUGCCAUUAGGUACAAUCAUGUAGAAACAGUUUAUCAUAAAGCUGCUAAAAAACUUUUGCAUGUUGGGCUGAAAAUUUUGCAUCCUGAAAGCUUAAUGAGAAGUUUGAAACCGGCUUCAGGUUACAUGAGAGAGUUAACUGCUAAAGAACUUGGUUUUGAGUUCCGAUAUGGUGAGGACAACACAUUAGUUAUUGAUUCAGCUGAUGAAUGUGCUUCAACGGGAGCUGACGAAAACUCUCAAGUUCAAACUGAAGAGGACGAAAAGCGAAAAUUAAUAAGAUUGGAAAAUGAACCUAAAUCUAAAUUUGAAGCAUAUGUUGAUGAUUUAACAUCUGAAGAAAUAUUAGCUCAAGUACAAAGUGCCGCUCAAUUUGCAAAAAAUAAGCUUUCUAAUAGACAAAAAGCUAAUCAAAUGGGCUUUUUGAGACAAAAUAAGGAUGGUACAACUUCGCUGAAAAUCUUGCUAGGAAAUGACAUAGAAGGUUCCGAAAGGAUUAUAAAAUUGGGAGAAAUCGUUGGAAGACUUAAAGAAGGUACUGGAAGUUUACAGUGUUUUCGAGAAGAUCGUCGAAAUCAAGCAAAACUGGUAAAACCAUUGGCAUACGGUGCUUUUGGAUCUUUUGCUCCCAUAUUCGAUUCUAGAUUCUCAAAUUUAAGUAAAGAGGAAACAGAAUUAGUCUUGUCCACGUAUGGUGAUGCUACCUCUGCUGAAUACGCAGAAAGCAUAUCUGAAUUUACAAAAGAUAGUUGUUAUGCGAGCAUUUUAGCAAAUAGUCUUCUUGAUUACUUGACUCAAGGUGAGCACAGUAAGACUAUUGCGCAUUUGUAUGAAAAUCAAUACCAGCGUUUUGAAAAUAAUGAAAUUGAAAAAACUUUUCCGGAUUCAAUUUCCAAAGAUGAAGAAGAGUAUGAAAAAUAUAAAAAUGUUAAAAUUGAGUUUGAUAAGUUAAAAGGACUAAAUGAUCUCGGAAUUGAUAUGUCUUUCCUUGAUGGUUUGAAAGAAGAAUUGCUUGAAUUGGAAAUACAAAACUCUGUAAAUGAUCAAAUAACAGCUAAUAUUAAACUGAUUGAAAAGCUGCAUAAUACUCAGCAUGAUCGCUUAUCUCAGCCAUUACCACAGCAUUUAUCUAAUAUUCAACAUCCAAGUAACGAAGAAAACCAGUUGGCGCAACAAAUUACACAAAAUUUUGUUGACAUUGCAAAAAAGUUACCUCCCUCCGCCAUUACUGAGCCACAUGCAUUAAGGAAAGCUAUGGGAAUGUCAAAUGUUGGACUUCCACCAAUAUCUCAGCCAACUUUGAAUAUUCCUCCUUUGCUACAAGAUCGUGCUCAAACGCAACCUCAACAAGCACAGGCCGUACUUACUGCUUGCCCAAAUGAAUCAUCUCAGAUAGCGAUGGAAAUAGAUGAUGUAGUACAAGCAACCAAUUCAGAUAAUCAUAAUAGCGCUGUUGAUUUAGAAAGCGAAUUGCGGGAAUUUUUAGAGCAAGGUGGAAGUAAUUUAACCGCACACAACAUUGACAAUAGCAUCGAACAAAUGUUAUUGAAUUAGGGUUAGCUCUUAAAAAAAUUUUAUUUUAAGUAUUUUAAAUCAUUUUUUCGAUUAAAUUUGAAACAAAAAAAAGAAAAAUAAAAAUACAUACAUAUUUAUUUUUAAUACUGGCUUAACCAAAUAUUU